CGCCCGUCCGCUCCAAUGCGGUGGGGACGAGAAGAGUUCCUUUCCACCAGGAUGAAAUAUUGGAAGUAACUGAAGAUAAUUCAGAUUUUCCCGCAUAGGAGGAAGAAGAGUUUGAAGCGGGUCUAUAUAAUCAAAGUAACAUGGUCAGAUGCAACUUGCCAGACAAUCUACCGGAGGUAUAGCAAAUUCUUUGACUUGCAGAAUACUAUAUGAACACAGAUGUGGACAACAUUACAUGUACAGAUUCUGAAGAAGUGAAAAAGCUUCAGAACUGAAGAAGUGUCUUGGAUGAGAAGUAAAACAUUUUCAAGAAAAAAAAAAACACAAGAAAAUCCAGUUGCCUUUUGGAAAACACCUUGAGAUAACAUGGCCCGGAUGAUUGAGAAUCUCCAUAGAUAGAAUAGGAUGUUGAGUAUGUUUUGUCAGCCAAUUACAAAUCCAUCUGGUGGUGAUGCUACCUAUCCCACUUAUUUUCUAGUUUACCAAGAAGUAGGCUGUGAUCUACUUUGUUGAAUACCUUACUGAACUAUACUAUACCACAGCAUUUCACUGGUCUACUAAUUUAGUCACAUUGUCAAAGAAUGAAAUAAGAUUGGUUUGGCAUGAUCUGUUUUUAACAAUUCAUGCUGACUUCUAGUUAUAACUUUGUUUUUAGGUAUUCACAGAUCUGUUUGUCUUUUCCAGUAUCUUCCCAGAUAUUGAUGUAGGCUGUAGUUUCCUGGGUCUGUAUGAAAAAUAUCAAAGAUAUCAAAUUCAAGUAAAAAAUAAUCAGAAAGCAGGUUUGGAGAUGAACACUUUCCAGAUUGAAAUUGACUUCCAAGAAAAAAAAAUACAUGAAGGCCACUGGGGAAAUGGAGCUCCUGGCUCAUGCUUCAUCUUUAGAUCAGUUCAGGAUAUUGUCAUCUGAGCCCUCUUUUGCAAGUGUUCACUUAUUAAUGAAGCAGUAUUUUUAGCCCUAGGGUAAAUUGAGAAUUUUCAGACAUGAUCAUUUUGUAAAAAGCCUUCAAUUUUAUACAGAUAUCUUCUGAAUUUUUGUGGUUCAAUGCAACUAGUUCUGUUACCAAAGAAAGCAAGAGUUUGCAGGGAUUUUGAAACACUAAAUAUAUCUGCAUAUAUGUUUUCAAAAAUUAUUGUUAUGCAUAGGACCAAGUGGAAUACAAUCUGAAUUUUGAGACCAUUUUACUUUUUGGAGGAAUGCCCAAGGCUAUGUGAUGUGGUACUUUUGUGCCUUUCCCAAAGAGAUCCAUCUGCAGGAUGUAGAUUUUUAUCGAUCCUAUUAAUAAGCUAUUUCUGUUCCAGAAGUAUCACAUGAAUCCCCAAUUCCCUUGUUACAUUUGUACUUGCAGAUUUUCAUGCACUCUCUUUCAAAAUCUAAUCAGUGAACAUACUCUUAAGAGUUAUUUUGAAAGAGGCCCAGAGGCUAAUGACAUCAGAUGGGAAAUUAAUUCAUGCAGUUUAGCAACUGCAGAAUGAUGGUGCCAAACAAAGAAUUAUGAUGAUGUAUUAACUCCAUCAUGAAGUAAUAAAAGUGAAAAAACAUCCUCCAAAUCUAAAUCAUGCACCUUUUUGCUCAGCUAACUGCUGUGUGGUCAGUUAUUUAUGAUGCCAGAAAAUUGUAUGGAGUUGACUUCCACAGCCCAAAAACAAAAUUCUAUUUUUGUGCAGUGAAUACAGUCAUUCACUUUGUAAAAGGGUGCAGAGAACAAGAUGAGAAGUACCUCUUGUGCUCACAUCCUUUGGCUUACACUGAGAGAAGCUCUUUGCUUUCAGAAAUAUCAAGCACAAGAUUAUGGGGUAUUUAUAUUUUUCCAUAUAAAUGCUACUUGGAAAUUGCCCCUCGGACACUGGAACCAGUGAAGCUGUAGAUUAGUUUUGCACCUCCGGAUUUUUUUGUCUGCAAUCCUGCCCCUAUUAAGGUAUUGCAUUGCUGUAUAAAGUGGAAGCUGUGUUUCUUUCAGGAGGCACUUAGCUCUCUAUUAUUGUCUGGAGACAUUUUCUGUUGUUUUUAAAAUGAAAUGCCUCUGUGUUUUUGUGAGUGGAAAUUAUGCUGUCUAUUUUGCAAUGGAGUUUCUGAGGUUACCUGCUGCAUAUAUCACUGCAUUUAUUUUCCACACACAGUCAUAGAGCUGAAACUCUUUGCUUCUCUCUCUUUUUCACUUAAUAGAGGAGAAGAUAUAUGUUCUAACCACAUUAUCUGUUGGCAGUUUUGAUGAAAAUGGUCCCCUCUUCAUUUAUGGAUCCCUGAAGGAAGUUCUAUUAAUGCUAAUGGAAGCUUUUCUCUAAGGCUGGUAGGAGAACAAUUUCUUCAGGCCAUAUUGAGAAUUACAGUAACCCUUUUCUCCCCAGAAUUUCUGGUCUUAGUAAAAAUGGAGUCACCAAUAUUUCUUAUUAAUUUAUAUUUUUUAAAAAAGAAGCAGGCAGAUCAAGAAGCAAACAUCUGGCCACACCUAGCAGAAGAAUUGAAAACAGCAGUUUAUAACUUUAAGUUAUGCCCAGUUUUUAAACCCAGAAAUAUUGUCAUUGUUAAAAUGUUUAACUAACUUAACAUUCCAUUUUAACUGAAUGUCUGUUUCCAUCCUCAUCUCCUACAGAGAAACAAAAGAUAGAUACAUAUUUGGUUUGAAUGCAUCUACUUCAUUUCUCUGGUUUCAACCUUUUUUUGUUACUAAAAGUAAUCAUGGAUUUAGUAAAGAAAAAUAAAGAGCAAUAUAGUGGCCAGCAAAAGCCUUUCUGUGAUUCAAAAAUCAAAUAUUUUAAUAACCUUGAAAGUAAUGUGACAGAUCCACCGUCAUUAUCUGUUGCUAGGACUAGCAUGUCAAGGAUUGCAAUCUCCCCGUGCCAACUCCUGUUCCAUCUAAUAAUUGACCAGAGUUUUGCAACUUAAAUCCAAUGUAUGGCUGUGUUUUUGUCCCAUUAUCCCUGCUUAAACUGCUGUUUGCAGGACUGGGGAAAAUCUGUUUGAUUAGAAAUAAAUUAUUAUAAAUUAUUAAUCCACUGUUCAAACAGUUUGAGAAACACUGAUCUAGACCUUCAGUUUUCACUAUCAACAUAAAAGAUGUGGUCCAUUACAUUUUGAAGACACCAAGCUAAAGAAUAAACACAGUUUUAGUCUUUGUAUCAAACACCAGUUGCAUGUUAAUACGGUUAAUAAAAUUGUUUCCAAAUAUUAGAAAGCUACCUAAUUCAGACUUUCUUCCUUGGCUCCAAUACUGUUUACAUGAAGCUUUCCAAAGGUUUGAGGCUACGGGUUGUCAUGUUUUGGAUUCCUCCUCCCACCUUCCAGCAGUUACAGUUUUUUUUUUUAAAUGAAACUUACACCCAAUUCCUGUUUCUUUGUUGAUAGGGGUGUGUUAAGCAAACCAGUGUUACCUGUAGAAUUACUGCUUCGGGUUUUCUUUCAGUGUGAUGUAAUAAAAAGUAUUUGAAGGUAAACAAGAAGAGAAUUCUGGCUGAGUUUGUGUGUGUGUAUGUGUGCACUCAUAUGAGAGUGAGAAAAAGGGGCAAAGCUAAAAGAAACAUUUCCCAUGCAAUUUUAACUGUUGAAAACAGCCUAUAAAUCUUAUUACAAGAAGAAUGAUGAAGGGAAAGAGACUGUUUCGAAGAGCAAAGAUGCAACUUUUGGAUAAAUUCCCUGUUGAAGGAGGCCAAAAAGAUCCCAAACAGAGAAUCAUCCCAUUUCUUCCAGGGAAAAUCCUAUUCCGAAGAAGUCACAUUCGAGAUGUAGCUGUGAAGAGAUUAAAGCCGAUUGAUGAAUACUGCAGGGCACUGGUAAAGCUUCCACCUCAUAUCUCACAAUGUGAUGAAGUCUUUCGUUUUUUUGAGUCCCGACCGGAGGACCUGAACCCUCCUAAAGAGGAUUAUGGAUCCUCAAAAAGAAAAUCAGUCUGGAUGUCAAGCCUAUCUGAUUCUCCAAGGAAGGCUACAGCAGGUGCUGACGCUAACUCUGAACCUAUGAUCCUGGAGCAGUAUGUGGUGGUAUCUAACUAUGAGAAACAGGAGAACUCGGAGAUCAGCCUGCAGGCUGGCGAAGUGGUGGAUGUAAUAGAGAAGAAUGAAAGCGGAUGGUGGUUUGUAAGUACUUCAGAAGAGCAAGGCUGGGUCCCUGCAACUUACUUGGAAUCCCAAAGUGGAAUUAGAGAUGAUUCUGAAAUUAACAUGUCCAAAAGAGGAGAAGUUUCUAAGAGACGCAAGGCUCACCUGAGGCGCUUGGACCGGCGAUGGACACUGGGAGGGAUGGUCAACAGGCAGCAGAGUCGAGAAGAGAAAUAUGUCACAAUUCAGUCAUAUACCAGCCAGGGGAAGGAUGAAAUUAGUUUCGACAAGGGAGUCACUGUGGAAGUCAUUCAAAAGAACCUGGAAGGAUGGUGGUACAUAAGAUAUUUAGACAAAGAAGGCUGGGCCCCAGCAUCAUAUCUGAAGAAAGCAAAGGAUGAGCUUCCCUCUCGGAAAAAGAAUCUUACAGGACCAGUGGAAAUUAUAGGAAACAUCAUGGAGAUCAGCAACUUGCUGAACAAGAAAUCUUCCAGUGACAAGGAAACUCAGUCAGAAAUUGAAACCAUAGAAUCGCAUGUCACCAAGAAAGAAAUAAGUUUGCCCAUCUUGUGCAAUGACUCCAAUGGCAAUUUCAUGAUGACCCAAGACAAGCAGAUUUCAAAGCAGGUGCAGGGGUCUCCUGCCAUAGCACGGAUUGCCCCACAAAGAGCUCUAAUAAGUUCUCCAAAUCUGCGUAUGAAACCUCCUCCGAGAAGAGAAUCUAGUUUGGGCUUUCAACUACCUAAACCUCCUGAGCCACCUUCAGUGGAAGUUGAAUAUUAUACUAUUGCAGAGUUCCAGUCUUGCAUUGCUGAUGGAAUAAGCUUUCAUGGGGGACAAAAAGCAGAGGUUAUUGACAAGAAUUCUGGGGGCUGGUGGUAUGUCCAGAUUGGAGAAAAAGAAGGAUGGGCUCCAGCAUCAUAUAUUGAUAAAAGGAAGAAACCCAAUUUAAAUAGGCGAACAAGCACUCUGACCAGGCCCAAAGUUCCUCCCCCUGCUCCUCCUAAUAAAGUAAAGGAUUCUGAAGAAGUAACAGCUAGUAGUACCACAGCUUCAGGAGAUGGCCAAGAUUCCCCACACAAGCAGAUGUAUGAGGAACCAGAGUAUGAUGUGCCUGCCUUUGGUCAUGACUCAGAAUCUGAGCUGAGCCAAGGAGAAGAUGGUAACUCAGACAGAAGCUCAUUCCACCUUCCAAAACCUUCCCCUGGAUCAUCCCUCCAAAAAGCAAAAUUUCGAGUUGGAGAAUCUUCUGAUGAUGUGACUCAUGAAGAGGAAAUAAUCUAUGAAAAUGAAGGUUUUAGACCUUACGUAGAAGAUGCACUGUCAAACAGAGAAUCUAGUGGAGAUUCUGAUUCUCGAAGUUCCUCACUGUCUUUGAUUCAAAGAAAUUCUCCACGUUCAAUUUCUCCUAAAUCCUCCCUUCUGAAGCCCAAAAGUAUUCAAACAAACUUUGGGAAGUCUCAUUACAGUCAUAAUGAGGAGACAAAGCCAAGAUCAGCCUCAGAUGCUGGCCUAAGUAGCAUACCCAAAUCAAGCACAAAAAGGGAUACUGGAGAGUUCAUGUCUAGCAGAGGAAAACCAACGGUGAGGCCAAAACCAUUUCUGAACAAAGCAGAUUCUCAAAGUCAAGAAAUGAUGAAUAUCAGUACUUUACGUCAUCAUCUGAGACCAACUGGGCAACUCAGAGGUGGACUUAAAGGUUCAAGAAGUGAGGAAUCUGAAAGUCCACCUCAGACAACUUCUGGAAACUCUGAAGAGUCUUUCAGAAGAAAUUCUGUAGAAUUCAUUACAUCUUCUUCCCAUACCUUAUUUUAUGCCAGCCAGCUAGCCAAAACAGAGAAUGAAAGUAACCCAUCAAAAUGUCUGUAUAUAACCACUGAUUCUUAUCAAAAAGUUCAAGAUUCUGAAAUCAGUUUCCCUGCUGGAAUAGAAGUGGAAGUAUUGGAAAAGCAAUCAAGUGGAUGGUGGUAUUUGAAAUAUGGAGAAAUAGAAGGGUGGGCUCCUUCUCAUUAUCUGAUGUCUUUUGAUAACCAACAACAAGAAAACACCUCCACUGGAGAAGAUACCAUGUCCAAUAUAUCACAAGCAAGAAACAGAAGAAAUGAAAGCAAAUCCAAUAGUUUGGAGAAAAUAGAGAAGAAGGUCCAGGCACUGAAUACUAUCAACCAGAACAAAAGAACAACGCCUCCUAUUCCUAAUAAGCCACCUGGUGGCUUCUCCAAAACAUCUGGGCCUGUCAAAUUGCGAAAUGGAGUUAGACAGCUAGCAGUGAGACCACAGUCAGUGUUUGUUUCUCCACCCCCCAAGGAUAAUAAUCUGCCUUGUUCCCUGCGUAGGAAUGAGUCUCUUUCUGCCACAGAUCAUUUGAGGACUGUACGUCGGAAUUCAUCUUUCAGUGCUGCCCAAUCCCAAAUGAAUGAGUCUAAAGUAAAACAUGCUGGUCGACUGGUGUCUGAAGAGUCAGAUAAUGUCUCCUACAUACCAACUGACCGCAAUGGAAUUCCAGUGUCCACUGUCAGGCCCAAGCCCAUUGAAAAAUCUCAGUUCAUUCAUAAUAACCUUAAGGAUAUUUAUAUCUCCAUUGCAGAUUAUGAGGGAGAUGAAGAAACUGCUGGAUUUCAAGAAGGUGUCUGCAUGGAGGUAUUGGAAAAGAACCCAAAUGGCUGGUGGUACUGCCAGAUCAUGGAAAAUGGGAAACCAUUUAAAGGCUGGGUGCCCUCAAAUUAUUUGGAAAAAAAGAAAUAGUAUUGCAAUGUAUUUAAAUUCACUAAUUUAUACUUCCCUUUGGUGUACAUUUGGAAGAUGAGAAAAGAUACAAAGAUGUAUUUCCUUUACCUUAUUGUGCAUUCACAAGACAGUUCAGUUUUCCUUCUUUCCCAGAAAGUCUGCCAUCUUUUAGGAUGUUUUGAAGGAAUGGUCUCAUUCUGCAAGUACCAAGAAAAUACAGCUGGAAUUAAUGCCCUUUUAUUUUAUUCCCCCAGACACACACACACACAAAGAUGUGCAUCAGGAUACAUUACCCUAUUUCCUGAUUUUAAUACUCAGAAACCAAAUGUGUGCCUUUCCAUUCUAGUUUGGAAUUAUGGGUUUACUUGAUUGGGAGUUUGAUGCCAAACCCAAAUGUGUUUUAUAAAAACUCUGCUUGUUCAUUUCUUCCAUGUGAUGGGGCCAUAAAUAGUAUUUGGUUGAUUCCCCUCUUCACUCAAGAUGUAUGGGGAACAGAGCAAGUGGAGAAAAUUUUCAAGGAACCAUCACUUGGCUAUUGCAUUUGGAUCUCUAGAUUGAAGAUCUGAGAAGGAUUUUUUUUUCAUUUCUGGUAUUGGAUUUGAUCACAUAUCGUUCUGUUUCUCCAAUACUAUCCACCCUGUUUUUUUCUUCUUGUAUUCCUUACUUAUCACCUGGGUCAGGAAUGAGGAGGAGUAUUUUUAAAAAAGUUAUGUGGACUUUGAAGUGUAAUCCAAUUUUAUGUGGUUUCCUAAUGUUUGUAAACAUGCUAAAACUAUGAGUUGCACACAAUCUCUUCUGCACACUACUUUCAACUUUAAUGUUUUCUUUUGUGGCCUUCUGAAUAAUAUGUACUGCGAUUAUUUUGAGAGUACUUGCCAGACAACUCAGUUAUUCAGAGUUCCAGAUAUCAACUAAAAACUAAUCAAGUCUUAUCCAAAUCUAAAGAAGAUGAGAAGAAGAAGGCACGUAGUACGACCUGCUUCUCUUUUUGUUGGGUUAUGCCCUAUUACGGCUUGGCUAGCUUUCCAAGGGAGGGGAAUGCCUUUCUCAAAUAUCUGCUUCUUCUCCUCUUCUCAGGCCUACCUUUUGGCUGUGCAGAGUUCCACUGGGUUGCAUCUGCCCUGUUCCACCAGGGCAUUGGUGUUGCUAUGCUGAUCUUUAUCCCAAACCCUGCAGGACUCCCUACUCUUGUAGUCCUGGAGAAAGGCAUGAAGGAAGGUGCAUAGUUCCAUCAGAGAAACCAUGCAGAUGCUGCUUCUCCUCUCACCGUGCUACUGUCAGAAACAAUUGUGUGGGUUCUAUGUGUUCUGUGUGUGACUCCUCAGAGAACAGUUCAAACAAAUAGAGCUUUCCUCAACAGAUCAUGGCAAUUAGCAUUACCAUCACAAAUAGAAAAAUAAAAAUGGUGGAGCUGAGCUGACUAUGCGUGCCGUUUUGAAAAAAACAAACAAAAUUUACUUCCACACAAUUGGCCAUUGUCUUGCUUCCUUUGUUGUGAAUGGAAGGGUUUGGCAUGUUUACAUUUGUAUCACCAAUGUGUAUGAACAGACAAGAAUAUGAAAAUCACUGCAUGCAAGGAGGCAGUUGCCCAAUCCAGCACGCUGUAUGUUUGUGGAAAGUUAUUUAUUUUCUUGAAUACUUUACUGAGAAGAUCGUGGGAUAUCCAGAAUUAGUUUGAUGUUGCAAUAAAAGGAAGUGUCAAAAUAGGUGCUAUGUGUGCACAUCUGAAUGUUGAUGGUUCAUCAAGUUUCUCUUCGUUUCAUGUCCAAUCAAUGCUGAUUCUUACCUGGCAGAGAAGCAUUUAUAUUUUCAAAGUCAGAAUGGGAAUGAGCAGAAGCCAUGGAUGUUACCAACUGCAUACUUGGUUUUAAUUUAUAUAUGAAGAGGAAGGGAGAGAUUUUUAUUAGUAAAUAGCAGUCUUCUGAAAAAGUUUUUUUAAAGAACAACUACAAAUUAUUUUGUUCUUCUCACUUCUUCUCAGUUUCUAAUGAGAGAUAUUGUCAAAGGGUGAUUGAACAGAGCACCAUUAGACUGGGAAUGUUACAAAGUAGGAAUUCUGUACUCACAUAUCCUCUUUUGCCUUUUUAUUUAUGAUUUCAGAUGCUUUUUUUUUAAAAAUGAGAUUUUUGUGGAAAAGCAUAAAGAUUAAAACCACUCGGGUUUGUGCAAAGGCUUUGGGUACAAAGUGUGUUUAUAUUUUGAUGCAUCUUCAUUUACUAGCCUUGCAGUGAACUUUGUAAUUGGUAAACAACAGCAACAACACCAGAAGGCCUUUAUUUAAACAAUAUGGAAAUCAGACAACAAGUUUAUUGUCACUUUGAAGCCCAAUAUUUUACAUGGAAAAUGAAGAAAAAGAGUUGGGGAUUUUAGGGAGAAAAUGUUAAGUAAUCUGGUUAUCUCCAGCAACAGACUUACAUUCUACCAGUGGAAGAUGAAAGAGUCAAGAUUUUUAAUGAGGUCCAACUUAUUUUUUUUUGUGAACAAAUAAAAAUUAAGUAUAUUUUGAGAUGUUUUAGCUUUCUGAAAAUUACAUAAUUAUCAAUUGAUUCUUGCCUCUUAUAUAUUUUUCGUUGUGUGUUACAUAUAUGACAUUACAAAAAUAACUUGAGGGAUUGAUUUCCAUGCUUUGUGUGAUUAAUGCCUUUCAGGCUGAUCUAUUACAGUGUAUCAGCACUGCUGUCCAUGCUUCUACAGUGAAAUAGCAUGGAAGAAGGGGCCUGGUGAUGAAGAGAAACCCCACAGGCCUCUGUAACAUCAAUAAUAAAUUCAUUUGGGGAAGACAGGUUUCUAAACCACAGUGCAUUUGAAAAUGGUGUGGGUUUGCCCAAAGCUCCUUUCCAUGAGGCUUUACAUCUCAAAUGUUUCCUCAUAUUUAUGUUUUGUUAAAAAUUGAGCAGCAAUUUAAGAGACUGCCAAAGCUGUUUGAGUUUAAAAUAGUAUUAUUUUCUUCUGCUGGACAGUAUUAAGUAGAGCAAAAUCAUCAAGUAAUCUGCUAGAUUGCAGUAUUAAUGUUAGUGAUUUAGCAACACAUAUUAAUAUGAUUAAAAAAAACAAUAAUGAUGACGAAGUGGUUCAUUAUUUUUGAAUUAAUGCACUUUAACCAUUUUAAACCAAAAUGCAGGAAAAUCAAGUGCAUUGUUUAAAGAUGCAGUAUAAAUUGUCAUUUUAAGAACAUCUAUUUAUUAAAAUAAUUUAUGAUUAUUUAAAAUUUGUACUAUACAGUUUUGUUCCAAAGAUGCCAUCAUCUCUUGGGAAAGCUAAAAGUGCAGCUCCCAAAAAUCCUGCACAGAGCCAUCAAGACUCUUCAAAUACAGUAGAUUCAGGUAGCCAGAGUCAAAUUUUUGCCUGAGAAGGGAUCAGUAUUUCUUGCUGUACAGAAGCAAACUGGUUUGUAAUAUUCUUAAGCAUCUAAGUAUUAAGGAGUUACGUGUACAGAAUUGAACCAAAAUGGAUCGAGAGAUUUUGAAAUUAUCUUUUACAGAUUCCCUAAAAGGGUUAACCAUUUCCAGCCACAUUUGGGAUGAGUGGUAUAUCUCUUUCUCUAUAGUGUUACCGAGCCUUCAGGCAGUCCUGUUGCUGCAUCUGCAGGUUUUUGGGCCAAGAAAAUCACUGAGUUCAUUUUGAGUCUAAAAUGCUGCUGCAAAUUCUUAAGAAAAAAAAAUUGUCUUGCAUAAAUAUGAUUUGCCCAUUCUUUCAGUAAGUAUGAAUAGCUUUCCAUAUUUUUUUCUGUGUUAUAGCUGCAUUUUUUUAUGCAACAGUAAUAUUGAACUGGCACAUGCAAGGACUGGUUUCUUAAAAUGUCUCUUUAGAACAGUUAUCAGUCAAUAAAUCAGUUUGCUUAUCAAUUUGCAUUUUAUGCAUUAUAAAAGUGAGCCUUGAUUGUCCUAUAAAACUGCCCCAAUAAUAUAAAAAAAUUACAUUAAUAAAGUUGGAUAGGUAGUUGUCUGAGCUAAACUCGUUUAUCAUUUUUUGUUUUAAAUAUUUAUGUAUGUCACAUCUCUAGAAGCUUUAUGUAGGGGAACUUGUAGCUGGUUUUAUGGUAUAUGGAAGUAAUAUCUAGGUUCAAAUACAGGGAGAAGGAUAAAUAAAGGGCACUAUCAAGCACCUUCUUAAUUUAGUCAGUUUCACUGUUUCCCACAUGUAAUCUAUAACUUGCCCUUGUAAAUAUUAGAUAUGUGUUUAGGGAUUGGAGAAUUCAAAUUUUAGCGCUUGGCCAGUGCAUGAAGUAAUAUAUUGAAAUCCCACUCAAAACGGCUGUAGCUUUCCCCAUCAAAAUAUUAUCUACUAAUUCUAAAAUUAUUUUGAUCAUAAACCUGAUGAUUUUUUUUAAAAAAAAAACUAUAUAGUACUUUCAAAUAAUCUAGAUCUCAAUUUUUAAAUAUUCUGGGGGCUAAUUGAAUAUUAAGCCAAAGAUUGCACUCUUAGAAAGAGAGGAGUGGCUUCUAGUCAUUUCCUGGUUCUUUAAAUUGCCUUGCUUUUCAAAAGUAAUGCAUAAAACAAGAACAACUCAAAAUGCAGGUUGAUAUAUUGACAAAAUCCAAACAAUGAAAACUUUUUUUCUGCUGUAUACUGCAACUUUAAUAAUAAUGAGCACUUCUGAAUUUGUUAUUGCGGAUUUAUAUAAUGCCUGAAAAACUAUUCUUGCUUUUUUUUCUUAAUUUCUACAUUUUAGUGAGUUAAGUUUAAAGUUUAUUCCUUUUUAAGUACAUAUAUUUUAGUACCCCGAGUAAUAUAAUUAGGAUUGUAAUGAGUUCCCUCACAAGAUGUGGUAGUAAGCUUGGUUUACCACAUUUGUUUUUUUUUUUACAAAUCUGAAAUGUUUCUAUUUUUCUAAAUCAUUCAGCAGGGGAAUAGAGAUAUAGAUUGACAAAAAUCAAUCUAAGUUUCCAUUGGGUUCAUGAAAUUAGUUUCACAGCUCUUUGACUUUCUAGAGCAGUGUUUUAGAAAAUGGACAACAUUAAGACCUGUGUGUGGAUUUCAACACCCAGAAUUCCUGUGCAUUUAUACUGCAUUAGCAACUAUAUUUGUUCCAAUGAACUGGUUCCAAAGUCUUCCUUUCAGAAACAACACUGAACAUUUUGACGAUGGCAUUAUAAAAUUGUGCUUUUUAGUACUACUUUUGAUUAUUAGAAUAGCUUAUUUUAUUUUAAAGUUAUACUUAUUGCUUCUCUCCAUUUAUAAAAAAUUGUUACUGCUUUCUGUCAUUUAUGAAAAAAUGGAAGGGAAACUGAUAAAGAAUUAUUAUUACUUGCAUUUACUAGCAUUACUAUAUCAAUGGUAAUAUUUAAGUUUAGUUCAUUUUGCAUAAUUUGUUUAUUAUUUUUCUUCAAUUAUUGCUAUAUUAUAUUCAAUAUUUGCAUUCUCAGUGGAGUAUCCAAAUAGAGGAUCAGUGCAAUAUUGAAAGAGCAAAAACAGGUUCCUCAUCCAGGACUUGAAGUGGAUGCACAGUGUGAUUUUAACCAUCUGUCAUUUUUGAUCAUGCACUCUUAAGGAAAAAAACAUGAGAAUUGAGGAAAGUUGAACAACAGCAGAAGUAGGCAGGAAGUGGAGGAAGAAAACUUUUGGGAAAAAAUGGCUAUGGAACUUUGAAAUUUGCAGCAGAAGUUUAUCACAUUCAGAUAGAAGUAUGACAUCUUGAUUCAUAGGCUGUUCAGCUGUAAUUUUUCUUUGCAAUGUUCAGUAUUUUUCCAUGUUUUUUUGUAACUGUAUGCACUCUUUUUAACUUAAGCAGAAAUUCCAAAUUCUUAUCUGAUUUACAUUUCUGUCAGAGGAAUUUUCUCCUGAAUUGAUAUGUAGCUGCUGUUUAUCAUGCUAUAGAAGCAUGACAUAGAUCCUGGAGCCUGGAACAGAAGUUAGCAUGCUGAAGGCAUGUUGACAAAGGGCACUUAAUCUUAAGUCUGCAUGAAGCACAAGUAAAUGCUUGAAAUAGAGUGUGUCUAUAUUGUAUGGUAUCUUAAUACUCAGUCUCUUCCAGAAUUAGACUGUUUAAAAAGGGAAACUUCUAUGAAGUUGCAGCUUGAACUCUCCUUUCUUAAAAAAAAAGAAAAGAUUCAGAACUUUAUUAGCCCAUGGUUGUUACAAUCAUCACUAAAGUAGCAAAUAAAUAAAGUGGCUGGAUAAAAACUAUUUCCAGCUUCAUUGUAACUGAAAGUAAAAUGCCUAUGUUCAUGUGCUUGAUAUUAACACUUGAUUUUAUAUAGAAAUUAUCUUAGCCAUUUACCUAAUUCAUCACACCGGACUGAGUAAAAUGUCAAAUAUGCAUGCAGAGCCUGAAUUGUAAGUCAACUUUUCCAGAAGCGACAGUUUUCAGAAAUUGGGACAUUUCUAUACUCAUGAAAUUAGAAAAUCAAACGGAUCUGGGAAUUUCACUGCUCAUUGAAUUUUUUUCCCCAAAGAAUGUCCUCUUCCCAUUUAAAAAUCACUCUUUUAUAGAUAAAUAAUUUUAUUGAAGUUUUUAAUAAAACAUGCUUUUCUUAAAUACAUUUCUAUAAACAGCACAAGCUUUUUUAAGCAAAUAGGAAUGAGCAAAAAAUAGACUUAUAAGUUAGCCACUUCGUAUCACAUCUUAUUUUAACAUGGAAAUGCGUAGCUUAACAAAAUACCCUCUCUGGAAUUGCUUUUCUAAAUUAGGGAAGUGAUAGCAAGGAUGCCUUUCUUCAUGCUAUCAGUGUGUUUCUCAAAGGAACAUUACUUUCUUGUUUUUUAUAUUCCCAUUGAUUUCUUGAGUGCAACGGACUCCAGUUAGAUUUGGUUUUAGAAUAUUCCAGUUAACAGUCUAUUUUUUAGUUUGAUAAAAUUCAGACUCUGCACAUGCAAAGAAAAUUUGUGACUUUAACAAUACAUUAAAUAUCAACCAGAGUUUGCUGCUAAAUAGUCAAAAUCAGAUCUCAGAAAAAUCAGCCGUAUAUUUUAUGGCUAAAUCAGGGGUACUUUACCUAAUCUUAGGCCUUUAACAGGUACAAAUUGGUAGAGCAUAAGUUUCUUUGUAAAUAUUUUUUUCAGGAGGAUUGUGAGAAAGUGGUCUUUAAGCUUUUAGUACAUGUGUACAGAUUAAUGGGAAGUACAUGAAAAAUGUAUCAGGUUCCAAAAUGGCCACAUAAACUUGUGAGAUUAUUGUUGGUGUCUCAGUUCAUCUAUUUAGUUUAAUUGUAAACUCUAAAUCAAGGACUUGGGAAUCAAAUGACCUUUUUCAAGUAUCCUUGGAAGUCCAUGAAUUUGCCCAGUUCCUUUAAUUGAUCUUCCUCAAUCUCCACUUGUUUUUUAGAACAUCAGUUUGGAAAACCCACAGUUUUUGUGAGGGGUGUGUAUAAACUGUGUUAAGUAAAGUAAUAGGAGAACAGUUUCACUGAAUGCAGAUCCUCGCUCUGGGGAUAGAACAGCCCAAUCUGAUUUGACUCAAAUCCCUGUUUUCUGGGUGAUAAAAUCAGGGACAGAAGCAAAUACAUCUGUGCCUUUAAAUUUGCCUGAUGGGCUAGCCCCGUGAAGUGUUUAAAUUGUUUGCAGAGUGCACUUUUUCAGGAAAAAAUGAACAGAAAGUUUCACACUGUUGAGGGUGUUUUUGUAUGUAUUUCAAAUCCAGCACAACAGCCACUAUUGUCCUGUGUUGAGACUCCUGUUUAUUAUGACACCAAAAUGGAGGAUAGAUGUAUUCUUUAAUGGUCAGAAGUAACUGGAUUGUGACUUGAGGAAAAGCUGAUUGGAUUAAAUAAAAAAAUGAUCCAAAAAUAAGUUAAUAUGCAUAUAUAUGUCAUUCUCUCCCACCCCCCAACUUUAGAUUCAUGAGUUCCUUUUCUGUGUAUUUGUGUGCUACUUUAUGUUAGGCUGUUUUUUCUCCAUAGAGGUACUCCUCAACUUAUGAACACAAUUGCACCCAAAAUUUCCGUUAAGUGAGUUUCUCCCAUUUUAAGACCUUUCUUGCCAUAAUUGUUAAGUGAAUCGCUGCAGUUGUUAAGUUAGUAACAUGGUUAUUAAGUAAAUCUGGCUUCCCCGUUAACUUUGCUUGUCAAAAGGUGAUCACAUGACCCUGACACACUGCAGGUGUCAUAAAUACAUGCCAGCUGCCAAUCAUCCAAAUUUUAAUCACAUGACUACAGGGAUGCUGCAACCGUCAUCAGUGAAAGAGGUCACUUCAGUGAGGUAACUUUGGUCAUUAAAUGAAUGGUUGUAAGUCAAGGACUAACUUGUCAAAUGUGAUAUUUCUAUAUUGUGGUGUGAUAAAUUAGUAAAUGAAUGCCUAUAAUUGAAAGAAGUAAUGUCUUUUACAUUUGGAGGAAAAAAAUGAAAUGAUUUGAAAAUGGCAUGCGUAUAACCUUAGGGUUUAGACUAAGGGACAAUGCUUUGUUCAAAAGAAGUGAAUAAUUAGAAAUGAAAGAUAAAACCAGUUAUUGCCCUCACAUUUCAUAGCAUUUUAAAAUUUGCUUUGCAAAACUGCAGUUAUAUAUUCAGUUAUAUAAAGCCAAAAUGUGCAAAAAAGUGACAUCUUGUUUAAAAAGUUCUAAAAUUAAGAGAAUAGUAAGAUACGUAAGGAUCUAAAAACUUGAAAAAAACAAAUUUAAUUCUCUUUAAUAUAAAACAACCACUAAAAUGAACUGGAGUUGUUUUUUUAGCUUGAAUUAAGUCAUUGGAGUUUGUCUGCCAUGUGGUUUAGCACAGUCCUUCCAAUGAAUAAACAGAAACCAGUGCUGUCUUUCUAAUGGGCUUACUGUGAUUGUUUUUAUCCAGAAUAAAGAGAAUGUAACUGUUAGAAGUCUGAGAAGAGUACGUCGACAAGGAGAUGACGAAGGAUGUAUGGUUGGUCCUUGAGCUGUGUGAUAGAGAUGGAUGGUGGAGGAUGUGCUAAAUGUUGUUUGGUUAGUUUCCCAAGAAAGAUCAUUUCUUGAAGUUAGAAUAGAUAUUGGUGGAGAGUGAAAACUGAGGUGUUUUGAGUUGUUUGCAUUAAGGAAGGAUCCAGAAAGAAAUCUAAUUUGGAGUGCACUUUGGGGUGCAAGAAAAAAAAGAGCCCAAUAAUAUUCACUGUUUUCAAAAGUGGAAGGAAAUACAGUAGAUUGUUAAGAUGAAAAAUAUUAGAUCUUUGCAUAUUAUUCUUUUUUCUGCAAAACUGUUGAUCACAUUGUUAAGAACCAUUUACGUGAGUACAAACUAGUCACUAGUUCUGUACAAAGAUGGUCAACCAUAAAUUUAUUAUACUAACCUAUAUAAAACAAACUGGCAGCAAAGGAUAAUUGGAGUUAAAGAUAUUGGACCAGUAAAUUGUAUUAGCAAUCAGUUUGAAUAUAGAUUAAUCAUACCUUGAGGUCAUAUAUUCUAAGAAAAGUGUCAAUCUUUAAUUUCCAAAGAUGAAAUUUGGGUAGGAGUGCAGUUUCAGCCAAAAAUGUUGCAUCUUUUUAUAGAUUGUGCUGCAAUAAUCAUUGGCAUCUAUAUACUUGAUUAUUAUUGAAAUAUGGAAAGAUUUAUGGUAGAUAUCUGGCACUAGUAUUGCUUGGCAAUUGGGUUGAUUUGUCAGUUUCAGUCACUGUAAACUAUAGGAAUCUGGGGACAUGUUUGGCUCAACUUUGUAUUUUUUCAUUUAUAUUUCAACUUUUCGGGGUGCUCCAUUGGAGUUUGCAAGAAUGGCAUAGAGUAAUUGUGCAAAUGACAUGGCAAAGUAUGAAGGGUAGUCUUGUGCUUCUAUACAAUAAAAACACUGCAUACAUACAGUUCACACAAAAAAAUGAGGUAUCAACUGGACAAAAACCUAGGAAAGCCCUUUGAUAAUUCUUUUAGAGGUACUUGAUAAAUAGGUAAAUUAAGAGAUGCGCUUCCAAGAUCCCUUGCUAUAUCUUAACUAGUGAAUACAAAGGCACAAUUCUCAGGUCAUAUGCAGCUAAAGAUAAACUGAACUGCAGCCAGCAUCUUUUAUUAUCCAGCCCUUAGAUCGUAUGUAGUGAUUAGACUGCAGCUUUUAACAUUCAUACAAGAAGUCAGUUUAAAGGCACUGCCAAGAGAAUCUAGUCUGCAGCCUCUCUUGUUUUAUUCCCAGUUUCUUGCAAUAUGAAACCACAAUAUUAAACGUCUCACAAGACAGAACUUGAUAACUAACUAUACCUCACAGUGAUCUCCCAGUUUACUCAUUGCUUGGACCAAAGGUGGUGCUAAUAUGAACUUUAAUUUUUAUAUUUAUGUUUUUUGUUGUUGAGUUUUACCUGUGUGUAUAUUUGUUUGUUUUUAAAAUCAAAGACCUAAUGUCCUGUUUAACUAAAAAAGAUUUUACCCUUGGAAAAUGAUUCUUUAAAACCCAUAAAAAUUAUUUGCAAUUUAGACAUUACUGUGUGUUUUAACUGGCCAUACUUUUUUUUUUUAAAAAAAAAGGGGGAGGAAUAAAGCAUAUCCUUCAAAUGAU